AUAUUAUAAUGAUGCUAAUGGUCGUAGAUGAUCGGCAGGUGGCGUGGAGGGUUGCUGCUGCGUUGCGUACGGUCUUACACGCGCGCGCGAUCCCGCUUAUGAGGGUGGGUAGCAGCUAAAGCGGGGGUGGCGUCGCGGCGCCCGUAACGAGAAUGCUCGGCAUUAUCGACCUGUACACCAUCUGAUUUGCCGCCGCGUCGUUUACAGACGAAACGCAGUCCGCCGCUCAUUCACGUUCGCUACGAUCCCGUGCCAGAAAAAACCGCUAAUACUCACUUACACACACACACACACACACACUAACUCAUUUACUUACACACAAAUACUAACUUGCACACAUACAAACUGCACUCACUUGCACACACUCAAACUCCUACACACACACACACACACACAUACGUCGGAUGUAUUAUUAUAUUAAAAUAAACAUUUAUUUACUGUGACCGACCGUCGUAGUUAGUAAUACUUUACCGUCGCAAUAAAUUAGUAUCGUUGUCGUUGCGGAUCGAUGUAUCAGUGUCAAUAUUUCGAGUUGAUUUCGCGGCCGUCACGUCCCUAAGGUCCACCGUCGCGCGUUGUAUUUGUGCUGAUAGAGUCCAAUAUACUUACGCUUUCACUGUGACCGCUGACGCAGACUGUUCACGGUGUACCGUCGCCGACGAGAAGUGCUGGCGGGACGGUAGCGAAGCCAAGWACGACGGCGGCGGCGGAAGCCUCGGUGGAGGGGGAGGUGGUGGCGGUGGUGGUGGUGGUGGUGGUGGAGGAGACGGCGACAGAGGCUGCUGCAGCGACUGUUGAUCGGUACGACGAUUGACCCAUCAUGAACGCCGCGACGUCGAAGGCCGAUUGACGAUCACCACCAGUAAGUCAUGAAACAGAAGAAAAAGAAAGACGAACCACAGCGGCCGCCGUCCGGUACAGACGAACAGCAACUACAGCAGCAGCAGCUAUGCAACGGUGCAAGCGAGCCGAGACCCAAGAAAUCGGCGCUGAAACGCACAGCGACCGGUGGCAGCUCCAAGGCGGCCAAGUCAGGCAAGCACAAGCGGCACGUGCAGUUCAACGAAAGCCUGAACGUGUUCUUCGAGUCAGACUACGUUAUUGUCAUCCGGGACGACGACUGCGAGUUCGACGAGGAGGACUUUGACUUUUGGUCGCAGCAUCCGUGCAGCUGUGGCGACGCCACGUGCUUCCAGCCGUGGCUGGAAGAUGACGACGGUCGUGGCAUGCCGUCACUCGACCCGUACGAGGAACAACCAGCCACGCUCAGUCCACCGGAUGGUUACAAGGACGGCUGUCCCAGGCACGUCCCGCCGUCUCUGGACCACUUGAAAUACGCAGAUGAUGAUUUGGCUACAAGAUAUGKUACGGAUGUGGCGGACAGYUGCAACGAUACGCAUGUUGCUAUGCCAUAUAAUUCCGAUGUCAACUCUACAUCCUAUUUUGAAGAUACCAAUCAAAAGGCUCGACCUGAACUUUCAAACCUACCCCGCUCAAGUAAAGAUGAACAAAAGCAGCAGCAGCAGCAGCAACAACAACAACAACAACAACCUCAACCUCAACAACAACAACAACAACAACAACAACAACAACAGCAGCAGCAGCAUCCACAGCCACCGACAAACGCAUCUGCCCUUCAGUUGUCGAAAACAAACGCCGUCUGUGAUACAAAUUCAAGUACGGGCCAGCAACCACGGUGCAUCAUGGAAACAAUAACCAUGACUACGGUUACCGAGAGGCAGAUCGUGCAGGAGACCAGGCCCGUAGACGUGCCCGAUCUCGAAGGCGCCUGCAAGACCGAAGAUACAAAAGYCGUCACCGGUGCCACUGCCGUAACCCCCGAUGAGGGAUAUGUAAUGAUUAAAUGUGGUAAUAAUACUAUGUUGUACAACAACCGUAACCCAAACUCGGCAGUGCGACAGUUAUUUCCGACCACAAAGUUCGUGUGCCCACCAACCCGUAUCAAGGAGACAGAUGACGCAAGACUGCUGAACAAAUACUUAAUCACGGAGGAGUCACUCCGGGCGUUUGACAGUCGAUCGAUGAACGGUGGCUUGGGCGGAGGAGGAUUCAAGAGCGAACCGCACAGCGACGACGACGAUGAUGACACGUCGAACAGUCUCAUCAGGCGAACCAUCGAACGAAGUACUUUGAGGCGGAACACCGUGAAAAAAAAGAACAUCAACGAUUCCAAAGAGAUAUCGCUGAUCGAGAAGAUCCGGCGGCUAACGUGCGACAGCGAUGACGAUGCAGACGACCCAACCAAGAAGSCUUCGGGUGUCAUGCAGGAACAGGCGACUGCUUAUACUGUAUUGGUGCAGUGUGAUUCAGUGACGCCAUCCGCGGCCACCGCUACUCCGGUGUACAAAAAAUUCACAGAAUUACUGGGCAGUGGUAGUGGCGGCGGGCGGUAUGAUCAACCAUUGCCGCCACCGGUUGUUCAAUCGAUGGUCGACGGCGAUGUGACUGGUAAAGCCGACGGACUUGACCUGUGCGAUGGUCACUCAGCUGCCAGCAGCAGGGCGGCCGUUCGGUCAGCCACCGGUGGCAAACCUUUUCUGUCCACGUUAGCGACGGCGUGCGUAACAGGUAACGUGCAUCCGGCCACCGGAGGAUCGGUGGCUGGAGGGGCACCGCAACCAUCACAUUGUCCGCAACCAGACGUGGUAGCCGGCACUCAAGCUCCUAGUUCGCACAGACAGGAAGAGCUUGCAGCGUUCGUGCAACAAGACUCGAGUCGCCUAGAGAAGAUCCGCAAGCGGUAUAUGCCGCCCACAUCCACCACGUCAGCGGCUGAGGACGAGGACGACGAGAACGACGAUUACGGGUUCAAUCGGCGGCCGGAAGUGCAUGGCAUCCGGUCCGGGUUCUCUGCACAGAUCACCAUCAAGAACAACCCGCAGCCGCCGCAACGUCCCAGGUCAUUUUAUGGUGAACCGGCCCUGCAGACGACGCAACUUGACGUCCAGCCCGACUUUGUGCCUAGAUAUCCGGCGGCCUCUGUGACGUCUGUCCGCUCUCGGAUACAGGGUGAUCCCCGGGUCCCCCCACCAUACCCGGCUGCGGCUCAACGAUCCAUCAUCAGAGUGACGCAUGGCCAACAACAGCAGACCAUCCGCGUACCGUACCAGGCGGUUGGACCCGUUCAGGURCACUUGUUGACCACAGCUGCAGCGGCCGCCUCCACCGCCACCGGCAAUGUUACCGGUCACCCACCCCCGCCACAGGUUCAAAUCCGACACCCGCCUAAUGAGUACAUCGUUCAACACGGCCAUGCCAGAAUACACCACGGCCAACAGUUUGUUAUCGCUCGUGGCACCCAGACGGCCGCGAUAUCGACCACUCGUUACUAUCAGUUACCACCUCCCCCGCCGCCCAAUAUUCAACAGCAGCAGUUCCCGCAACCACAGUUACCGCCUCACRCUUUCCAACCGUCUGACGACCAUCCGGCGACACAAUUCAAACAGACGUCUCCCACCAGAGGAGUUGCAGCUAACAGUAAACUACAAAUGCAACAGCAGCAACAGCAACAAGACUAUGCCGACCAUAAUUUACCAUCGUCGGUCUCGCAGACGCCGAAAAACCCAAUGCUUUUUUAUGGUAUGAAUGUCUGAUGGCGAUGUAUUGGCUCAGUAUAGUGCUUACACGUUGUACCUACUACUUAAUAUAUAUCAUUAUGUACCCAUGUAUUCAUGCAUGUAUGAAUAUAUGUAUGUAUGUUUAUAUGUAUGUAUG